AUGACUGGGUUAAAGAGACACAGAAGAUUGCAUGCAGCCAAAGAAACAUGCCAAGGGCAGCAACUUGACUUUGUAAGUGGAAGAAAGAGAACUCGAAGACCUUUAAAGAAUUACGCAUGUGAUGAGUGUAACUCAGUGUUUUACACUAGAGGACAUCUCAGCUUUCAUAAGAAAUUUCAUGAACAGGCUACUGCUAGUGGUUAUACGAAUCAGAGCAAUGAAUGUCAUAAAAGCAAAAUAUGCAAAGUUGACAAUGAUUCCGAGGAUCAUGUUUCUCUGUCUCUUUCUGUUAAAGAAAAUGAUUCUCUCAGUGGGAGAAUGCUGGCUUCAAAAGUAGACUUUGAGCAGGCAGGUGAUGUGCAGGACAAUAAGAAAAUAUGCCCUGGAAAGACAUUCCCUGAAAACAGCCAUGGAAGCAACAGCUUACCUAUUAUUGGGAAUAGAUCAGAAGUUCCUCUGAAUUCAUACAAAAUGGACGCUAUCGUUUGCAAAGAGGAACCUCUCUUCAGUGUUAAGGCUUCUCAUUCACAAGUUCAAGAUGAUGAUGCAUAUCAUAAAUUUGUGGAAAACUUAAAGGAUACAUGGCCUUGCAAUUUGUCUACAUUCAAAACAUACAAGUGCCAACACUGCAGUUAUGCUACUGCUGUUCAUAGUGACUUUAAGCUGCACCUGAAAAUACAUACAGAUGAAAGACCGUUUGUGUGUAAAGAAUGCAAUAAGACAUUUAAAACAUCAAACCAUUUGCAGAAACACAGCCUUGUUCAUGUAAAGAAUGGAUAUGAGUUUGGUCAUUGCCUGUAUCUAGAUAACCGUUUAGAGAAUCUUGAAUUGCAUCAUGAAAUGCACCUAGGCAUGUGUCCAGAAAGAGAUUUUGGUUCCUUGGAAGGUUCAAACAGUGUCCAUUCCUUGCUUGGUUCAGAAGUCUGUGGAGUACAGCCAGAUGUGCAGAGGGGCAAAGAAAACAAUCUGUUAGCACAAAGUCAGCAACGAUUCUAUCAAUGUGCAGAGUGUGAGUAUGCUACUUGCAUUUUAAGCAACCUUGAACUGCAUGUAAGAACUCACACAGGUGAGAAACCUUACGGCUGCAAUGUUUGUCAGAAGAAGUUUCGUACUUCCAGUCACCUGAAAAGACACAGAAUCACGCAUUUUAACGUGGAGCAUCUUAAGUGCAGGAAAUGUGACUAUUCAACAAACAAAUGGCUGUCCUUGAAACAGCAUCUGGCUUCACACUCUUGUGAGGAAGGCUCAUCUGCUGUCUGUCUCAACGAACAAAAGCAACUGCCUGUCAAAACAUACAGGUGUGAAGAGUGUGGCUAUUCCACAGCCCACAAUGGAAACUUGAAGCCACACUUGAGGAUUCAUACAGGGGAGAAGCCAUUCAAGUGCAGUCAGUGCGCUGUUGCUUUCCGCACAUCUAGCCACCUGAAGCGCCACUUACUGACUCAUUUAAAGUUGCACUGCAGAAGGUGCAGUUUUUCUACGGUAGAUAAACGUGCUUUCCAAAAGCAUGUAAAAACACACACAAAAAAGUAUAGGUGUGGGAAGUGUAAUGUGAUGCUGCCUACCAAAAAACUUCUGGAAAAGCAUAAGCGGCAACAUAAGCUUGGAGUAUAA